UCCAACAGUGAGAGGCAGGGUUGAAAGCAAUCAUGAAAAGGGUAAAGAGGUCUAAGAAUCAAGACGAAAGGAUUGUAAACGAUCCGUUUACGAACCUUGCUAAUGACAUGAUCAUAGAGAUUCUCAUGAAACUGCCGCCGAGAUCCAUAGCCAGGCUCCAUUUCGCUUCUAAAGAAUCGUCAUCGAUAAUCCUUGACAAAAAGUUCAUCCAGUGGUACAUGACCCGAUCUUUAACUCAGCCACGUUAUCUUAUCUCACUGCACCGUGGCGGAUACAUGCAGAUGCAGCUCUUUCAAUCCUUGUCUCAAGACCAUCCGUAUAAUCAUAACAUGGUUAGUUAUGAAAUGGAACCCGAUGUACUGUAUGAAUUUACUCCACCUGUUCGCGGCUUGAUCUGCGGUCGGGACUUUACCAAGAUGAUUGUCGGAAACCCUAGUACGGGUCAGUUCGUAUCGUUACCUAGAGUCAAAACGAGGAGGCAAGAUAUAUUGUCUGUUUUUGGAUAUGAUCCAGUUAAUGAUGUAUACAAAGUGUUGUGCAUGACGGUGGUACUUAAACGUAGUCACAUGUCUCGUAAUGGUAAUGCUGUAUCGUGGGAGGAUAUUGUGUCGGAGGAGCAUCAAGUGAUCACUCUAGGAGCUAAAGAAAAAUGGAGAAUGAUCGAGUGUGAGUAUCCACAUCGUCAUAACUCUGGAUGUAAAGGGAUAUACAAGGAUGGGUUCAUGUAUUAUUUAGCUACUUACCAGAAAAAAAGAUCUCUAAUGAGCUUUGAUCUGAGUUCUGAAGAGUUUAAUGUUACUAAGCUACCUGAGGAUCAGAUGCUUCAACAGUAUGGUGAGCUGGUGAAUCACGCUGGAAAGGUAACCAUAGCGUAUCAGGCAUAUAACCGCAACGUUGACCUAUGGGUUCUGGAAGAUGCCAACAAAGAAGUAUGGUCAAAAAAAUUUGUGGCCCUCCGUUCUUUUUUGUUUGUUUCGAUCCCAGGUCAAAAAAGGUCAGAGAAAUUGCGAUUCAUGGAAUGGGAGGGGACUCUCGUGAUAAUAUCCAAAUCUUUUUCGAUCAUGCAGAGAGUUGUAUGGUUCUGCCAAAGGUAUGUUAAUCCUUAUUACUGUAAUUGUGACUCCUAA